AUGACAUCAUUCAAUUGUUUCAAAAUUCAUGAUACAAACAAUUUUAUCACACAUACUACGAAAACAAAUAAUUCGGAAGGGAGCAUAUGCACUUCUGAAAAUGCCAAUAUUACUUAUAGUAAAUGUAAUCAAUCAGUAGCUUCUGGAAAUAAUACAGUCAUUUCAACAACAACUAACAGUUUACUAGAUUCUAGAGAUGUGAACCCCAAAAUCACAAUAAGUUAUUCAUCUUAUUCACGUGGAAGUAAUAAUCUGCUAUGGUGUAGACCACAUUUUCGUCACUCCAGUUUAUCAUCUUCUGCAUUUGGAACAUGUAUGCCAAGUAAUAAACGUGAUGGUCAUUGCAAUAGUAACAACAACAAGGAAAAAAUAUCUACAACUCCAUCUACGGGUGUACAGUUCAGCCGUAACUGCUUUAGAUAUUAUCCUAAUCGAAUACGUAAACAUUUGGAGUCUUCUGUGACAAAAAAUGACCCAUUGUUGUGUUUAGUAACAUCUACUGAUUGUACUGUACAAUCAGGUCCUGAAAUAAUCUAUACUACCAGUAAUUCCAUGAACAGUGGCAGUGGUCUAGUUCGUAGUCAAUCAGAUUCUACAUGUUUAUCAUUAAAAGCGAUAAUAGGUAAUGGAAAUUAUAUUGAUGCUGAAGUAGAUCAAGAAAUCGGAGCGCAGACUAAUAUUGUUGGUUGUAGUAACAAACAUGUAAAUUAUAUAUCAGAUGACUCGGCACAAAGUUCUAAUAUCUCGUCUUGGGAAAUGAACAACAGUGCUUCAUUAGAUGGGAGUAAUUCCAUUGAUAAGUAUAACUUAGAAAUUAGUAAUAAGUGUACAUCAUUGCUACCUUCGUUAUUAUUAUCUUUAUCGUCAUCAUUGUCAACGCAGAUGAAUUUCCGUAAGGUAAAUAUAACUGAAACUCAAGAGAAGUUGGGAAUAAAAACAGAAGAAGGAAGAAAUGACAGAAGUCGAGACGAUGAUAUGUUAGCUAGUUUUAUGCGAAAUUCAACUAUCGGGUCUAUACCAAACAGUGGAUUUACCUCGGAAUUAUCGAAUUACUGUGGUGCCUCGAAUAAGUCAUCAACAUCAGCUGUUUCUCAUCAACAUCAAGGAACCAGACUAAAGUGUCGGACCACGCCUAAUAACCUAUCAACUCCAACAACUCCAAGUCGAAGUUAUCAAUUAAUAUGUCGUAAUGGAAUACAAAGUUACUCUUUAGUAACAGAAAAACCUACGGGACACUCUACUUCCCCUGAAAAUCUUGAUUUCAUUGAUCAAAAUUCGGAAACUUCCAUUUGUUUUCAUAAUACUCAAUCGUCUAUCUGUUGUUCAUCCAGCAACUGUAAUCCAGAUCAUAACACAUUGUGUAGCAAUGGACAAUUAACUUUUCCAGGUCACUUAUUUAACGAACAUCAAUUUGGUGCUAUAACACCUGAUUAUUUGACCAAAUCUUAUGAAAUUAAAAAUCAUUCUGAUUUAGAAAUAUCUCAGUCUUCUGUUGACACACACAUUCAACCAAUUCUUCAGUAUUAUGCUGGGUCUCAAAAUACUACUGCUAAUUUAUAUUCCAUAAUUUCUACAUCUAAAGAGUGUUCUUCGCACCCUAUUCCAUUGGAUGAAAUUUCCACAUCAAAUGUUAUCAAUGCUUCUCACUCUAGUCAAUGUCGUCCCAUCUAUUCUGAUUCACUGGAUAUUCUUAACAACAGUAAUACUUAUCCUAAAACACUUGGAUUGCAUCCGGAACCUAUUAAUCUAUUUUCUCAAGUUAGUCAAUUAUCAACAGGUUCAACAACAACCACUACCACAACAACUUCGAAUAACACAACAGAAAAACCAACUGCACCAUUGCCAUCUCGUAAGCAAAGACCAUUAUCUCCUUUAUCAACUACUUCCAUCACUGGAGUUAUAAAUACGAAUACUAUUACAAAUAUUACCACUAUGCAUCAAAACCAUACAAAUAUAAGUUCAGUUGAUCAUCAUCAUCGACAACAACAGGCUUAUACUCCUAAAUUACUACAUAACAGCACUAUAGCAGCUGUUAAUACUAAUAUCCAAUCACGUACUCCAUCUAAAUCGCAGGGUACAUUACACUAUCAACAAAUUAACCCGUAUCAAAAUGCACCUAAAUUAGUCAGUGGAUGGCCAUUAUCUUCAAGUGCUGGGAAUCGUCCUCUACUGACUAAUAAUAACACUAAACUUGAUUCUCAUCAAACAAUUGUUAAUUCAGAUCAGUUUAUUACUGGAACUAGCGGCGAUAGAAUUAUAAACUAUUAUAAUAACAAUAGUAACUACAUUCAUAACGCUGGUAUUUCUAGUACUACUAUUACUAAUAAUAAUACGAACAAUAACAUUGGCUUUAUGAAUAAUAACUCUGGUGACAUGAUGGCACAGAAUAGUCCACGUCGUAGUCCUCGCACUGUUAACACCAACUAUUCGGUAAAUGCGAACACUGUUGAAUCAACUUAUAACCCAAUAGGCGGCAGUUUACAAGCCUCUGUAUCUGUUCAUUGUUCUUCUAAUCUAUUGAAACCAAUGUCGACGUCGAUACCAUCUACCACGACUACCACUGCUGCUAUUUUCUCAGGAAAUGUAGAUUCAACAUUUAAAAAUAAAUCAUUUAUCCCUUCACGAAUAAAUAAUAGUAGUAGUGUUAGUAAUCAUCAAUCUGUAACAAUAAGUCAGAAACAUGGUAGUAUUUCUUCUCAUCCACCUCCCCCACCCCUCCCACAACAACAAGAAAAAACAGCUGAUUUACUGAUUGAUGAUCCAGCGAAUGAAAUGACCAUUAGUGAACUACGUUCAAUAGCUGAGCGUCAGCGUCAACAACUGGCUAGACAAGCUCAACAAUUACAAGCUAGAGAAGAACGUCGUGCAUGGCUUCGUUCGUUAAAUUCACAACGUUCAGCACAAAAUCGAUGUGUUGAAAAUGAAAAGGUCACUUCUAAACCAUCUGAUCUUAGUCAAGAACAAGAAAUCCGAUUGCACAAAUUACGUGGUUUUCGUGGCCAAACAGAACAAGUUCGUCUGAGCAAUGAAAAUCUAGUAAAAGAAAUCGAUCGAUUAGCGUCAUUGUUAUCUGGUAAAGAACAUGAUUUACAAGUUUGCCGACAAAGAGCAGAUGAAGCUGAACGUAUGUUAACUUUAAUUAGUCAAUGGCAUAAUGUGAUUGCAAGUGCACGUUGUCAAACAAUAAAUCAAGCCGGAAUGACAACAACAGUUGGGACUAAUCCAACACAUUUGUCAGAUGAAACUUCUUCUUCCUCUUCUCUUAGCCUACCUUUUAUGCAACCACCUUUUUUCUCUGAACUAGAUAAGAAAAGAUGGCAUGAUGGCCUUGUUGAAGCAGAUCGUUUGGACAGACAAUUUGCUUUAGUGUUUGGACGUAAACCUCCCAUACAAACAUGGUCUUCUAGUCAGAGUAAUCUACACUUUGUAAAUUCACUUGUAUCGGAAAAAAAACUAGCACCUCACAUUCCGUGUUCACUGCCAUCGAUUACUGUCCCAUCUGCUUCUCCACCAUCUUAUUCAACAUAUCGUCAUAACUACUCGAAAUCUAGGUUAAUUGAUCAAAGUCCAAAUGCUCAUGAUGAUCAUUCUCCUCCUCCUCCUCCUUCUUCUACUACCCUUCCACAUAUUCCCAUAUCCCAUUCAACUCCUGUUAUAUCAAGAACACCAGUAACAACAAUUGAUGGCGCGACAUCACCAAACAUUGCUUUCAGUUCAGUGCUUACACGAGAUAGUAGCCCACCUACAUCUAGUCGUCGGUCAUGUUUUCGCACAUUCAUGCAGUUACAUCCCGGUUAUGGUAUUUGGAGCCCGAAUACCACUACAAACAACAAUAAUAGUUGCAUUAGUAAUAAAGAUAAUAUACUAUCACCUGCUACAAUUCACCCACUGCCUAUUCCACGUAUUAAAGCUCCACCAAGAUAUGCAUCACGUGCUGUAAUUAAUGAUACAUAUAUGCGUCGUAUAUGUCGUGAUAGUGUUGAAAAAUACAAACGUACAGCUAGUGAGAUUUAUCUAGCUGGUGUGAACAAAUUAAAUGUGAAAUCGUCAUCUCCGUCAAUUCAAUCACCAGCACCAACGAUACCGUCUUCUGAAUGGCCAAAUAAUUCAGUUACCUCUGAACACCACCAACAACAAACAUGUAACAUUAAUUCAAUGAAGACGAAUGAACAGAUCGUGAAGAAUGCCGAAUCAUUAGAACAAAUCUCCGGUUCUUCUGCAAUAUAUCAUCCUAGCAAAUCAUAUGAGCCAGAUGUAACCACUGAUGAAAAUGGCGACAAAAUACCUGACCAAAAUGUUUACACUUCUGUCCAUCCAACCACUAGUUCACUUCCAUCGUCCCCAUCCAUUUCAGCUUCAUCAUCCUCAUCUUCAUUGGAACUAAUUGGUAUAGAUAUACAACCAGACGAUGAACACAAAUUAUCUUUAUUAUCCAGUGAGUUUGAUUCACCUGAAGAUGAACAGAAACAACAAAAUUCUGGUGAUGUAGAUAGUGGUCUAGGCGGUUCCGAUCAUACUGUAAAGUCAGAACAUCAACAACCACAAAUUAAAAAAUCAACAUCUAUUUUGCAGAUGACAACAAUAAUGACUCCUGAAACUACAACAAUAAAUACAACUAAUGCUACCAUUCAUACUACAAUUAGUAUAACUUCUCCUUCAACUGUCACUACUGCUAUUGUUCAACGUGGUGAGGUGAACAAACAAGAAAUUUCCUCAGGAAUUAUGGUUUAUGUAGAUGAAGAACAUGGAGUAAAUGUUAGCACGAAUAAUAACUCUUGUAAUUACAUUGAAAGACAAGUUAAAUCUAUUCUACGUAAAUCAAAACCCUCCUCAUCACCACUGACUUCAAAACAAAGUUCUAGCUUAGAUGGUAUAACUGAAACAACUCAAUCAUUAACAUCUUCAUUAGGCCAAUCGAAUUCUGUACGAUUUCAUCCAUUAGCUUUAUUGCUCGAUGCCGCAUUGGAAGGUGAUUUGGAAUUAGUGAAAAAAGCAGCUUCUGAGGUAACUGAUGUUUCUGAAUCAAAUGAUGAAGGUAUUACAGCAUUACAUAAUGCCGUAUGUGCUGGCCGUGUGGAUGUAGCUGAAUUUCUUGUACUUACAGCUGGUGCUGAUGUAAAUGCAGGUGAUACAGAUGGUUGGACACCACUUCAUUGUGCUGCAUCUUGCGGAAAUGUACCUUUAGCCAAAUUACUAGUUGAACACGGGGCUUCAUUACACGCUCGUACUUUAUCGGAUCAGGAAACUCCUUUGGAAAAGUGUGAUCAAGGAGAUGAAGAAGCUGAAUGUGAAGAAUAUCUGUAUUUCCAACAUGAACGUCUCGGUUCUGCCGCAUCUGGUCGGGUUUAUGCGCUCUUCCCUCGUGGAAUAGAAGCAGCUGGACCAGGUUCCAUGGAUGCUCAUUUAGAACCAGAUGAAUUGCCACUUAAACCAAACGAACUCCUUACUAUAGUUAAUCGUGAGCCACCUGGUGAAAUAGAAUGGAUGUUAGCUGAAAAUUGUGAAGGUCAACGAGGUCUUGUACCCAAAUCGCAUAUAUCAUGUUAUCCUUUAGUGCGUAUACCACCAUCAAGUUUACCUAUUAUGGAGACGCCUAAAACGUUUUCAAUGAAAUCAACCAUUUGGAAUGAAUUCGACAAUGAUGAUGAUGAUGACGAUGACGAUAUCGAUGAUGAUGCUAACACAAGCAAAUAUGAUCAUCAGCGUGAAGUGGAGUAUAAACUUUACGAUGAGGAUCAGCUAUUGCCUGAAAGAAUAUCAAAAAUGCAAUUUGUUUCUCCGUCUGAUAAUCUCGUCAAUGAUAAUAAUAACACUACUCUUAUUACAAAUGAUAGCAAUAAUAAUCGUCCUUAUACCCAAGCUACGAUUGAAAUUGAAGAUAUUACUUCAGUUAAAUCUUCAUCAACAUUACCAUUUCCAGAAGUUAAACAUUAUAUACCUCGUCCAUCAUCUGUUGAUUUCACUGGACUUAAAACAGAGGAUCGUCAGUCGUCAGACGAGAUCAUUGAUGCAGGUAAUGACAAACAGACUAAAACAAAUGAAACCUGUGAUUUGGCGACAGCAUUUUAAUUAGCUUCUUGAUUAACAGGAAUCUUUGUACAAACACACACACGAAGUAGUAUGUAUUAGUACAUACUUUCACAUUCUUCAUUCAUGUAUUCAUCUCUUCAUGAAAUGUAAUUUCGCAAUGGUCUCAAUUUUUAUUCGGUUACAUUUGUUAAUGAUAAUGAUAUUUGUACACAUAUUCAGUCUCGGUGAUAUUGGACGGAGUGUAUUAUUAUGUGCAUGUUUGACAUAGAAUAAAACUAAGAGACUAUGAAAAUACUGUAACAAUCAAUCCAUGUGAUUAUUAUGUAUAGAGUACAGUAGAAAAAGUGAAUAAUUAUGCUACUCACUACCUAUCUAUUCUUAUUUACUAAUACAUACAUCUAAUACUUAUUGUUCC